AUGGCGAGUUCUGAGCCGCCGCGGUAUGGCGUGACAGCUCCCCUUUCGACUGCACUACCUACGGAGAACGAGAUCGCCUGCACACACUCAUUAAUAGAAGAGCUGAAGCGCCAGAAUAACUACGAAAGUGCCGCAGAAACCAACAAACGAACCGUCGUCCUACAAUCACUACAAGCCAUCGCCGAAGAGUUUGUCAAGCAAGUAUGCAGGGCUCAAGGAAAGUCAGAAAGAGUAGCAAAUGCCGCAGGAGCAAAGAUCUGUACAUAUGGCAGUUUCCGUCUAGGCGUAUUCGGCCCCGGCUCAGAUAUCGACACCCUUGUGGUGGCCCCAGAAAAUGUUAAAAAGGACGACUAUUUUAAAUACUUCCCAGAUCUCUUGACCAAGAUGGCCCCGAAAGGCUCUAUCACAGACGUCACACUUGUGCCGGACGCCUUUGUACCCAUCAUCAAAUUCGAAUACUCUGGAAUCAGCAUUGAUCUUAUAUUCGCGAGCAUUCACCUCGAACAAGUCCCCAGAGAUUUGUCUUUACAAGGACAAGAUAUGUUGAGGGGUCUGGAUGAGGCUGGUGUACGCUCACUCAACGGUACUCGAGUAACGGACGAAAUCUUGGCCUUAGUCCCUCAAACGGGCGUGUUCCGAACUGCACUUCGUGGGGUUAAGCUUUGGGCGCAAAGGAGGGCCAUAUAUGCCAACAUCAUGGGAUUCCCUGGUGGCGUUGCCUGGGCUAUGAUGGUAGCUAGAAUAUGCCAGCUUUAUCCCAAAGCCGCUGCAUCGACGAUCGUGUUGAAGUUUUUCAGACUUAUGGAGAAAUGGCAGUGGCCAAUGCCAGUGCUUUUGAAAGCGAUUGAGCCUGGCGAAAGCCUACUUAAACAAUGGAACCCAAAAUUAUACCACCAAGAUAGAUUUCAUCUUAUGCCAAUCAUUACACCCGCCUUUCCUUGUAUGUGCGCGACUCAUAAUAUCACGCAAUCAACCAAGCUCGUUAUUCAACGUGAAUUGAAGCGCGGUGGAGAUAUUACAGACAAAAUUAUGUCAGGAAAGCUCUCUUGGAAGGAACUAUUUGUUAAAAACACGUUCUUUGCGAAAGACUACAAAUAUUACCUUUCAGUCAUCGCUUCUAGCACGUCGGAGGAAAGCCAGCUCAUUUGGAGUGGUGCUGUAGAAUCUAAAGUCCGUUUCCUGUGUGGAUACCUAGACAGCCACCCAUCAAUUGCCAUAGCUUGUCCAUUUAACAAAGGAUUCGAGCGACAGCAUAAAUGUCACACCGACGAAGAAAUCGAGAAAGCAAAGACCUGUCUCGAUUAUCAGGUGAAAGAUUCUUCCGCCGAAAACACUGAACCGAAGGAACAGCAUUCCAAUGUGGUCGAGACAAAUGGACAUGAAGAAGUCAAGCCAAAACAGGAGGAAAGUCUUACAGAAAAAGUGACUACCGUCUAUACCACGACAUACUAUGUAGGCUUAGAGUUGGAAGAAGGUGCCAAAUCUCUGGACUUAUCGUUUGAAGUCGACAAAUUUAAAGGCAGGUGCAUCAUGUGGGACAAAUACGACCAGGAUUUGAUGGCUCUAAAUGUCGUGCAUACCAAGAACUGCGAUCUUCCAGACGAUGUUUUCACUGAGGGGGAAGUCAAGCCAUCUCGGUCAUCAAAGAAGAAGACAGGUGGCACGUCGAAGAAACGUGCAGCGACUGAAUCUUCGAGUGAUACCGCCGCAAAAAGACAACAGACCAAGUUGCCUGCGGCAAGCUAG